UCCCAUUCCAUCAUAGAGAGCUCAGUCAUCAGUCACAAUGAUAGCAGGCUACAUCGUGUUGAUAAUCGGUUUGACUUCUGCUGCGGCUGCUAUUGAUGCAGUUGAAGUCACUACAAGUCUCGGUGCUAUCCGGGGAACAAUAUUAAAAUCGCGUUUGGGAAAAGAUUUUUACGCUUUUCGUGGCAUUCGAUAUGCAAACUCACCAGUAAACCAAUUUCGCUUUAAACAAGCUCAGUCUGUAAGCCCAUGGAAACCAAAAGUAUUCGAUGCCACAGAAGAUGGACCAAUGUGUCCACAAUUUCCAUUCAACUCGACUGACUAUUCUGAAGACUGUUUGCGUUUGAAUGUGUAUUCAAGGAAUUUGGAUACAAAAGCUUUAAAACCGGUAAUCAUUUAUCUUCAUCCGGGUGGCUUUUAUGCAGUCUCUGGUGACAGCAAAUACUUUUCAGGACCACAACUUAUCAUGGAUCGUGAUGAUAUUGUUUUUGUUACAAUCAACUUCCGUUUGGGAACUUUGGGCUUCCUGGCUUUGGGUACUUCAGAUGCACCAGGUAAUGCUGGAUUGAAAGAUCAAGUUCUAGCACUGAAGUGGGUGAAAGCACACAUUCGCAAAUUCGGAGGUGAUCCAAAUUCUGUCACACUCGUUGGGUACAGUGCUGGAAGCUUUAGUAUAGGCUUGCAUAUGGCUUCACCAAUGUCCAAGGGAUUGUUUCACAGAGGAAUAACAAUGAGUGCUUCACCAGUUUCCCAGUACAGGUAUCCAAAGGACCAAAUUGAGUUGGCCAAACGACAAGCGGAAUUGGUUAAUUGCCCAACAAACAGUAUAAAUGCUAUGGUCCAAUGCCUAAGAAAGACGCCAGCUGAUGAAUUUGUCAGAACUCAUACAGCUAUGUUUGAUUUUGGUUGGAGUCCAGUUUUAAACUGGAUGCCAGUUAUUGAAAAGGAACUCGGACAAGAGAGGUUUAUAGUUGAAGAACCAUUAGAUUCGUUUCAAACAGGAAACUUCCAAAGAAUUCCUCUGAUUGUUGGAAUGACCAAAGACGAGUUUGUUGGAAUUGGACAUGAUGUUAUGGCGAAUGAGACUAUGCUUCAGCAAAUGAAUGACGAUUGGGACAGAUUGGCACCAAUAUGUUUUCUUUAUGAACGGAAUACACCAAGAUCGAAGGAGAUAAGUGCAGUUUUGAAGAAGGAAUACUUGAAUAACCAGCCAUUGAAAAGUGGAGAAUCAUUCGAACCACUGGGGAAGCUUUUUAGUGAUAGUCUUAUUGGUUUUGCGGUUCAUCGAUUUGCACAUCUUGCAGCCAGAUACGUUCCAGUUCAUUAUUAUAGAUUUUCAUACAAGGGUCGUUAUAGUCAUUUCAAUCAUCCAGAAAAUACGCCAUAUGGAACGGCUCACCACGAUGAUUUGAUUUAUCUACUUCAUAUACCAGUUUUGACUCCUCUGUUCAAAAAAACUGAUCCUGAAGAUACAACAAUUGAGCGCAUGACUCGAAUGUGGACACAAUUUGCCAAAACUGGUAAUCCAAAUAAUCCAAAAGAUGAAUAUCUUAAAAAUUUAAAUUGGACACCAUUCAGUUUGAAGGAUGAAAAUUAUUUAGAUAUUGGUAAUGAGAUGGUUAUGAAGAAGAAUCUCUUCUUAGAACGAUUUAAGAUUUGGCAAAAUUUGUUUCCAUUGAAGUGGGAUGAUAAGCCAUGCAAGCGAGGCCGUGGUCAAAGUCCAGAUUAUCCUGAACCAUUGGAUGAUAUACCAUCAUGGAGAGAUCAGUCAUCAGUCACAAUGAUAGCAGGCUACAUCGUCUUGAUAAUCGGUUUGACUUCUGCUGCUGCUGCUAUUGAUGCAGUUGAAGUCACUACAAGUCUCGGUGCUAUAAGGGGAACAAUAUUAAAAUCGCGUUUGGGAAAAGAUUUUUACGCUUUUCGUGGCAUUCGUUAUGCUAACUCACCAGUCAACCAAUUUCGUUUUAAACAAGCUUAACCUGUGAGCCCAUGGAAACCAAAAGUAUUCGAUGCCACAGAAGAUGGACCAAUGUGUCCACAAUUUCCAUUCAACUCGACUGACUAUUCUGAAGACUGUUUGCGUCUGAAUGUGUACUCAAGGAAUUUGGAUACAAAAGCUUUAAAACCGGUAAUCAUUUAUCUUCAUCCGGGUGGCUUUUAUGCAGUCUCUGGUGACAGCAAAAACUUUGCAGGACCACAACUUAUCAUGGAUCGUGACGAUAUUGUUUUUGUUACAAUCAACUUCCGUUUGGGAACUUUGGGUUUUCUGGCUUUGGGUACUUCAGAUGCACCAGGUAAUGCUGGAUUGAAGGAUCAAGUUCUAGCACUGAAGUGGGUGAAAGCACACAUUCGCAAAUUCGGAGGUGAUCCAAAUUCUGUCACACUCGUUGGGUACAGUGCUGGAAGCUUUACUAUAGGCUUGCAUAUGGCUUCACCAAUGUCCAAGGGAUUGUUUCACAGAGGAAUAACAAUGAGUGCCUCACCAGUUUCCCAGUACAGGUAUCCAAAGGACCAAAUUGAGUUGGCCAAAAGACAAGCUGAAUUGGUUAAUUGCCCAACAAAUAGUGUUAAUGCUAUGGUCCAAUGUCUAAGGAAGACGCCAGCUGAUGAAUUUGUCAGAACUCAUACAGCUAUGUUUGAUUUUGGUUGGAGUCCAGUUUUAAACUGGAUGCCAGUUAUUGAAAAGGAACUCGGACAAGAGAGGUUUAUAGUUGAAGAACCAUUAGAUACGUUUCAAACAGGAAACUUCCAAAGAAUUCCUCUGAUUGUUGGAAUGACCAAAGACGAGUUUGUUGGAAUUGGACAUGAUGUUAUGGCGAAUGAAACUAUGCUUGAACAGAUGAAUGAAGAUUGGGACAGAUUGGCACCAAUAUGUUUUCUUUAUGAACGAAAUACACCAAGAUCAAAGGAGAUAAGUGCAGUUUUGAAGAAGGAAUACUUGAAUAAUCAGCAAUUAACGAGUGGGGAUUCGUUUGAACCAUUAGGAAAGCUUUUUAGCGAUGGUCUUGUUGGUUUUGCGGUUCAUCGAUUUGCACAUCUUGCAGCCCGAUACGUUCCAGUUUAUUAUUAUAAAUUUUCGUAUAAGGGUCGUUAUAGUUAUUUUAACUAUCCUGAAAAUACGCCAUAUGGAACUUCUCACCAUGACGAUUUGAUUUAUCUUCUUCAUAUACCAGUUUUGGCUCCUCUGUUAAAAAAAACUGAUCCCGAAGAUACAACAAUUGAGCGCAUGACUCGAAUGUGGACACAAUUUGCCAAAACUGGUAAUCCAAAUAAUCCAAAAGAUGAAUAUCUUAAAAAUCUUAAUUGGACAAAAUUGAGUUUGAAGGAUGAAAAUUAUUUAGAUAUUGGAAAUGAGAUGGUUAUGAAGCAAAAUCUUUUCUUGGAACGCUUUAAGAUUUGGCAAAAUUUGUUUCCAUUGAAGUGGGACGAUAAGCUAUGCAAGCGAGGGCGUGAUCAAAGUCCGGAUUAUUCUAAACCACUGAAUGAUUAAAAACUUUUAUUAAGG